AUGACUGCACAUCUUGAUGUUUUUCUCUUUAGCAAUUACAUCACUCGUGAAGAUCAAAUCUUGUUUCUGCAAAAUACUCUGUUUCUUUAUUUGGACUGGAGUGAGAUAACAUUAAAGAUUGCGCUCCAGGAAACGGUGAAAACGGUUGGCUCUUUAAGAUUCUGUGGCAGUGAAUCAGUGGAGACUAGCAAGAGAGAUAUGGUGAUGGAUGAUAAGAUCUAUGUAGCGGUGACAGGGAGAGACCUGGAAAACAAGUCUAGCCUCGUUUGGGCGAUACAGAACAGUGGAGGCAGAGAGUUUUGCAUCGUCUAUGUCCAGAAACUGCGGCUUUGUAGAAAAGAGAAGGAGAGAGCACAUAAGAUUGUAGACAAGUACCUUAAUAUAUGCAGGCAAAUGCAGGUCAGUGCAGAGACGAUAUACAUCGAAAUGGAUUCAGUAGAGGAAGGUAUCCUCCAAUUGAUUUCUAACCGCGGAGUUAAGAAACUUGUCAUGGGAGCAGCAGCUGAUAGACACUAUUCAAUGAGAAUGAGAGACUUGCAGUCCAAGAAAGCUAUUUUCAUUCGCAGAGAAGCCCCUGCUACUUGUCAUAUAUGGUUUACAUGCAAGGGAUACUUAAUAUGUUCAAGGGAAGGUAGGAGAAGAGAUGACUUGUAUUUAGAAUGUGCAUCUUCAAAUUCUUUGAGCCAAUCUAAGAUAACUAAAGGAACUGAAAGUUUUCCAAGCUCAAGUAUGGUCAAAGAUGAUGAUAGGAUUCAAGUAUCUGAUGCAAUCAAAAGGGCUAAACAGUCAGAAAAUGUGUAUAUCAGUGAGCUGAAAUGUAAGAAAGAAACAGAGAAUGCACUGAGAACAACAAAAGAAGAACUUGAGAAGAUGAUAAGAAAGCUUCAAUACAAAUACACCUUAUCAAUGGAAGCAGUGAGAAGACUUAAACAAGAACAAGAAGAGUUGAAGAUAGAGCUUAAAGAAGUAUCAAAACUGAGUAGUAACCGCAAGAACCAUGGACCACCUCAGUACUUCAUAUGCCCCAUUACACAAGAUGUGAUGGAGGAUCCACAUGUAGCAGCAGAUGGUUUUACAUAUGAAGGGGAAGCCAUAAGUAGUUGGUUUGAGAGAGAACAUGAGACUUCUCCAAUGACUAACAAGAGCCUUCCUCACACCAGCUUGGUUCCAAAUCUUGCUCUUCGAUCUGCAAUCCAAGAAUGGCUUCAAGCAUCAAGCUCCUGA